AUGUCCCUGGACGACGCCCUUCCCAGCAGCAGCGCCUUCUUCUACGGAGUUGAGGGCGAGUCCGACGCCUCCCGCAGCCCCGCCGCCGCCGCCAUGCUCGGGUCCUCGUUUCCCAAGUCCCUGUUUACUCCAAGGGGAAGGAAGGGGAGAGAAGGAACAUUAGAUUUUCUUCCCAAAAUAGGCCACCAGGCAAAAUCUGCGCAGGGUCUUCAAUGGCACCUCCCAAAUCCCCAAUCCCUCGAUAUCCCUGGUACGAUUCUGCUUUCAGCUUUUCAAUCCCAGGAAGAAUCCAAGGCCGAACAGUACUUGGGAAUUGAGACGAUGGAGGGGGGAAGGGCGAACCAGAGCGGCGACGCUUCUAAUUCGAUCUUCUCCGGCGUUCAGCUUCCGGUCACUCUCAAUUUGCUGGUUUUGGUGGUGCAGUGGCAGGAUGUGGUGUACAAAGUGAAGGUGGAUCGGGGGGAGAAGGUGAUCCUGAAGGGCGUCUCCGGGUGCGUUCAGCCGGGGGAGCUGCUGGCGAUGCUUGGCCCCUCCGGCAGCGGGAAGACAACGCUGCUGACGCUCCUCGGCGGGCGGGUGGCGCCCACUAGCCGCCUCACCGGAAGCAUCACCUACAACGGCAAGCCCUUCUCCAGCUCGCUCAAGCGCACCCUCGGCUUCGUCACCCAGGAUGAUGUCCUCUACGCCCACCUCACUGUGAUGGAGACCCUCUACUACACCGCCCUCCUCCGCCUCCCCCGCACUCUCUCCCGCCGGGAGAAGGCCGCGCAGGCCGAGGCCGUCCUCGACCAGCUCGGCCUCACCGUGUGCCGCAACAACAUCAUCGGCAGUGCCCUGGUGCGCGGCAUCUCCGGCGGGGAGCGCAAACGCGUCAGCAUCGGGCAGGAGAUGCUCAUCAACCCCAGCUUGCUCCUGCUCGACGAGCCGACCUCUGGCCUCGACUCCACGAUUGCCGCCAGGAUCGUCUCCCUCCUGUGGAAACUCACGCAGACGGGCGGCCGCACCGUCGCCAUGACCAUCCACCAGCCCUCCAGCCGCCUCUUCUACAUGUUCCACAAGGUCUUGCUCCUCUCCGACGGCAACCCCGUCUACUUCGGCAAAGGCUCCGACGCUUUGGACUACUUCAACAGAAUCGGCUACUCGCCGGAGAUGGCCAUGAAUCCUUCAGACUUCCUGCUCGACCUUGCUAACGGUGUAUCUGCAAACGAAGAGACAUUGGAAGAGAAAGCAGCAACUAAACAAGUGCUAGUGGAAGCUUACAGAGUACACCUGCAUCCUCUGGUGAGCGAGGAACUCACGACCCUGAGCAAGCAAUUCAAGGAGCAGGGCAGUGAGCAGUCGACGAGGAAGAUGAAGCAGGAAUGGAGCACCAGUUGGUGGGAACAGUUCGAAAUUCUACUGCGCAGGAGCUUGAAGGAAAGAAGGCACGAGGCUUUCUCCAAGAUGCAUCUGAUUCAGAUCUUCGUGGUGGCCAUUGUCGUCGGAGUACUGUGGUUCAAAUCCUCCGAUAAUGUUACAGAUCAGGUUGGGCUUCUUUACUUCGUCAAUUCAUUCUGGGGGUUCUACCCUGCCUUCCAGGGCAUCUACACCUUCCCCAUGGAGCGCACCAUGCUAACCAAGGAGCGGUCUUCCGGCAUGUACCGCCUCUCCUCCUACUUCAUGGCUCUAACGGCCGGCGACCUUCCGAUGGAGCUCGUCCUCCCCACCUGCUACGUGUUGAUCAUCUACUGGAUGUGCGGUCUCAAGUCCCAAGCCGGCCACUUCUUCAUGCUACUCUCGUCCAUCCUCUUCACCGUCCUUGUGGCGCAGGGCGUCGGCCUUGCCAUCGGCGCCGUCCUCAUGGACCUCAAGAAAGCCAUCACGCUCUGCUCCAUCUUCAUGCUUAUCUUCAUGCUCGCCGGAGGCUUCUUCGUCCAGAACAUGCCCUCUUUCAUCUCGUGGAUCAAGUACAUCUCCUUCAACUUCUACAGUUUUAGGCUGCAGCUGCUGUCCCAGUUCAGCCGGCACGAUACCUAUGAAUGCGGCCAGGAGACGCGGUGCCUGGUCGCCGACAUCCCGUCGGUGAAGGUGGUCGGGCUCAGCGAUGCGUGGCUGGCCGUCGUCGUCAUGUUCGUCUUGCUGGUCUUCUACAGGCUGGUUGCGUACGUGGCGCUCAUGCGGAUUGGCCCCGGAAAGAAAUGA